CCGCUGCAUGGAUACGAGGCGGCGGUAGGUCAGAGUGUAGGUGGCCGUGGUGAAAGUUAGCAUAAGCAAAUGUGCUUUAUCGUGAUCACAAACACUUUUGUCCAUGUUAGCUGGAGGCGGCUGGCUAGUUUAGUUAGCGCCCCCACCCCCAUAAAACAACAACUUGAUGACUGAAAAAUGCUACGUUGAAUAAUUGGAGCAAGAUCAACUCUGUCAGUUAUUUCAAUGAUGGAUGAUUUCAAGAGAACUUACCUUUGCCUUUGUAAAGAAGCUUGUAUUGAGCCACAGGAAUGUAUUCUGAAUCAAUUGCAUGAUGUUUGUGACGGAAACUUGAGGAAAAGGCUGGACCUCUCCACACGGUCUCUUUCUAUUGAUGCGUGUGCUGUCCUGGGAAAGGUUUUAGCGAAUGACAUAGUAUUCACAGAGAUAGCACUUUGUGACUGCAUGCUAAAUGAAGAAGGUGCCAAACUGCUGUUGUAUGGACUGUGCGCAAACACCACGAUCCAACUGCUAGACAUGAAGGGUAAUAACCUGCGAGCAGCUGGAGCUGAAGCACUGGGGAAACUCCUGCGGCACAACAAAUCUCUGAAGAGUUUGAUUUUGGAAUGGAAUGCUCUUGGAAUGUGGGAAGAAGCUUUUUGUAUAUUCUGUGAGGGAAUAAGAGCCAACAAAUCCCUUAAGCAUCUAGACCUACGCAAUAACCAGAUCAACCACCAGGGUGUAGGAGAGCUGGCAUUAGCCUUAAAAAACAAUGAUACACUGGAGGAAGUGGAUCUUCGCUGGAAUAAUGUUGGUCUAUUAGGCGGACGAGCAUUACUCUGUGCAUUACAACAAAACAAGACCUUGUUGCGUCUAGAACUGGCUGGAAAUAACAUCCCCAGUGAUGUCUUGAAAGCAGUAGAGCAGGCAGUAGAUCACAACUCAGAAUGUCAAGCAGCCUUGAGAGAGAGCAGAACUCGAUCGAAAGUCCUGACCCAUGAGAUCCAGUGUUUGAAAGUGGAAAAAAACAAGCAGUUCCUGAAUAUGAUGGGUGUAAUUGAUCAACAAAAGGAGGAAUUGACACGAAGCGGCAGGACUGCUGCAGUGCAAGUUGGACAGUUACAGGAAGCACUAACUGAGAAGAGUUCUAUCAUCAAUUCUUUGCGAGCAAAAGUGCAAAUGACGGAGGCUGCUUUGACAUUAUCAGAACAAAAGUCAAAUGAUCUGAAAGAGCUCCUAGAAAAGAUAAAAAUGGAAAAAAUUGAGUUGAAGGAGAGGCACUCAAAGGAGUUUAAGAUUGAGCAAGAGGAAGCAUGUAAUCGAGAGGCAAAGUUGACCAGGGAGUUAAAUACAGCAAAUGGAAAAAACAUGGAGCUCAAAAACAAGGUGGAUGAAUUAGACCGAAGAUGUAAGGUCCAACAUGAUCAGCUUUGUCACCUGAAACAAGAAUUGGCCAGUGUGACUGCUGAGAUGAAGCAGAGAAUUGUGCAAACUGAGGAACGCCUGGAAGUUGAGAAGAAGAGGUGUAAGCAAGUAUUGGAUGAUACAGAAGCAUUAAGACAGAAAGAGAUGGAUUGCAUGAAUGUGCACCUGCAGGAGAACGAGCGGUCAUUGCAAGACAGAAUUCAGAAACUUGAAAACAUUCGAAUUCAACUGGAAACAGAGCUGAGCCGAUUAAAGGCAGCUGCUGUAACGCACCGAGCACAAGCUGAAGAGGAGCUGAUAAAAAUGAAGAACCAAAUACGAUUGGAGGAGCAAGAGCGAUUAGUCCACUUGGAAGAGAAACUUCAUCUCCUUGGCCAGUCACGUGAUGAAUCCCAGAACCGUUGUACUAUCCAAAAACAAACCAUCAGUGAGUUACAAGCAAAGAACAACAAGUUUACUUUUGAGGUUGAAGGUUUAAGGCGUCGCAUCGAAGAACUCAAUCAGGAGUUAUCCAGUAAGGACCAAGAGAAGGUUGCAGAAGUGAAUAAUGUCCGCGUAGAACUCCAGGAACAAGUUGGCCAUCUGCAAGCAGAGCGAAUUGCACAGGAAGGGCUCAAAGAGAAGAUUUCAGCCCUAGAGAGGCAACUGAAAGUACAGUCAAGUACCCACCGAGAUGCCAUUUUGGAUAAAGAGAGUGAAAUUAGUUCCUUAUUGGAAAAAGUCCGACUGAAGGAUAACGAGAUUAUGCGAAUGAAAGAGGAUGAAGCACAACGAGCUAGCUUUCUACAUAAUGCGAUACUUUCCUAUGUACAGGGUUCUCCCCUUGGUGCUCAGUGUACAAAGAAAUGAAAUUUUACAGCAACAAGAAAUGUGGGCAACUAGUAUAGAGAGGCAGAUGUUUUCCAAUUUUCAGAUUACAAAGUGGUGCAAAAUUGAAGGCAGAAUGAAAAUGAUGCAUUUCAGAGGAAAAAAUAAAGCCUUGAUGUAGGUAAAGUCAAACUGCAGGGAUAGAAUGAUACCGGCAAAUACGUGAUGCACAAUUUAUACACAAUGACUUCUAAAUUAGAUAUCUUAAUGAGCAGAACUGAAAUUUUGAGAGCCCUGAUGCUGUAAAGCCUGAGAAAGAAUACAGGCCUGAAAAUUGUCUUUUAGCAUAUUUCUUAAUUGAUUUACAUAAUUGCAAAUAUGUUUUUUUAUUAUGGUUUUGUUUGUGGACAGUUGUAGAUUAGUUGGAUUCAUAGGCAGUUUAAACAGUUGGCUGGCUAAAAUGAUGUGCAAACCUAGACUGGUUAAUUUUAUUUUUAUGUUCUGUGUAUUUAAAAUGGGCUACACAUUUAAUUAAGCCUGAUGCUAAAUUUUAUCUCCAUUUGCUAAACCAAAUACAGUUUGUGAGAAUGAGGAUAAUUUGUUUCGAUGUCCCAAAGUCAGAAUUUGAAAUCCACACUUUUUGUAAUUUACUGAUUAAUUUUCACUGAAUUUCAUAUGGUGGUAAAAUAUUGUGGGGGCAUUUCAACUUUAUAAAAAAAAAGGCAGGUUUUGGUCGUUCGUGAAGUUAAAUGUUCAAAAUCUGAAUCUUGAUGCCAACCCUGACACUUUUGGUUUUAACAGAGUUGGGCCUGGGACCAGUGAUCAGCCUGUCCCAAGAAGAUUUGUUGGCACUUCAAAUAUUAUAAUAAGUCUGCAUUGCUGAUUCGUAGUCACUACUUGAAUGCAAUAGUGGAUAACCAGGUAAACCAGCAAAUAAAUCCAAAUGAGUACUGUCAGAUCCAGGAGGUAAGUGCCUUUUCACCUAAAUGCUGGAUCCAGCGACCUUGCCUGGAUAAUUAGCUGCAAUCGGACACCCUGACCCAACAGAUCUCUCCCAGAAAUUCCCAAAGAAGCUUGUGACUUUCCCCACAAGGCCACAAUUCUCCCCCCACUCCACUGGACCCCAGGUCCAAUUAAUCCUGAGUGUGGACUUACAAGGUCCCACAGUCCCUUCCAGGCUGCUCCCUCCCCGAAUGGAAGUCAGUUCAGCCAAUCAGGCUGACAUCCAGGUGGGGAACCAGUCGGUGAUUUUUUCCAUUUUUAUUCAGAACAGGAACACGCCCACUGGGAUGUUUCAGAAUAUUCAGAUUAAGUACAUUCCUACUAUAAAGAAAAAUUCUAAGGGGAGGACCCACCAUCCGUGGUUAACUAAAGAAGUUAAGGA